CCUGACCUCCUCUCCUGCCCUGCUAUCAUGGGGAAAGUGACCGCUGCUGUCAGCAGGGGGAAGUCGGGGUAGUUUGGUGGCGAGGCAGAGGCUGUAAACUUCUACGUGACCAUGGUACCUGUUGAAAACACAGAGGGCCCCAAGCUGCUGAGCCCGAAGGGGAGAGAGGCGGAGAGCGACGGCAGCCACGGAGCCAGCGGCCGCCGCCACCGGCAUCCUGCCUGCGCGGGAGGUUGCAGCAUGUUCACUUUCCUGACCUCUGUCACCGCGGCUGUCAGUGGCCUCCUGGUGGGAUAUGAACUCGGGCUCAUCUCGGGGGCCCUGCUUCAGGUCAGAACUCUACUGGGCCUGAACUGCCACCAGCAGGAAAUGGUGGUGAGCGCCCUGCUCAUCGGGGCCUUCCUGGCCUCUCUCACCGGAGGUGUCCUGAUAGACAGGUACGGGAGGAGGCCGGCCAUUAUCCUGUCGUCCUGUCUCCUGGGGCUCGGGAGCCUCGUGUUGAUCCUCAGCCUGUCCUACACGAUUCUCAUCGUGGGGCGCAUCGCUGUCGGGGUUGCCGUCUCCCUGUCCUCCAUCGCCACCUGCGUGUACAUCGCCGAGAUCGCGCCCCAGCACCGACGGGGCCUCCUGGUGUCGCUCAACGAGCUCAUGAUCGUCACUGGCAUCCUCUUCGCCUACGUUUCAAAUUAUGCCUUCGCCAGCGUCGCCCACGGCUGGAAGUACAUGUUCGGUCUCGUGGUCCCCCUGGGGGUCUUGCAAGCCAUCGCCAUGUACUUCCUGCCUCCGAGCCCUCGGUUUCUGGUGAUGAGAGGAGAGGAGGAGGCUGCCAGCCUGGUCCUCGGGAAGCUGCGAGGCCUCUCGGAGGCCACCGAGGAGCUCACGGUGAUCAAAUCCUCCCUCAAGGACGAGUAUCAGCACAGCUUUUGGGACCUGUUCCGCUCCAAAGACAACAUGAGGACUCGAAUCAUGAUCGGUCUCACCUUGGUCUUUUUUGUCCAGGUCACCGGGCAGCCAAACAUACUCUUCUAUGCGUCCACGGUCUUGAAAUCGGUUGGCUUCCAGAGCAACGAGGCAGCCAGCCUGGCCUCCACGGGGGUGGGAGUGGUCAAGGUGGUCAGUACCAUCCCGGCCACGCUCCUUGUGGACCACGUGGGCAGCAAAACCUUCCUGUGCGUGGGCUCCUCCGUCAUGGCCGCCUCCUUGCUGACCAUGGGCAUCGUGAACCUCAACAUCAACGUGAACUUCACGAACAUCUGCCGAAGCCACAGCGCCCUCAACCAGUCCUGGGAGGAGCCCGUGCUCCGUGGAACAGGAAACCUGCCAGCCAGAAACAGCACCCUCCGAGAGCACCCGAAAGGGGUCAGCGCCCACGGCAGAGGCUCGCUCACGCCCAUGGACAAGGACCUGGGCAAGGGCGGGGAGGUGGCCCCCGGCUCCCUACCACAUGCUGGGCUAAGCGAAGCUGAGCCCCAGAGGGCCUCGGACCCUACCGCUGUACCAGCUGUUUUCAAAUGGCUGUCCUUGGCCAGCUUGCUUGUUUACGUUGCUGCUUUUUCAAUUGGUCUGGGACCCAUGCCCUGGCUGGUGCUCAGCGAGAUCUUCCCUGGUGGGAUUAGAGGUCGAGCCAUGGCCCUGACUUCAAGCAUGAACUGGGGCAUCAAUCUCCUCAUCUCACUGACGUUUUUGACUAUAACUGAUCUUAUUGGUCUGCCGUGGGUGUGCUUCCUGUACACAGCCAUGAGUGUGGCCGCCCUGGUUUUCGUGGUUGUGUUUAUACCUGAAACAAAGGGAUGCUCUUUGGAACAAAUAUCAAUGGAGCUAGCAAGAGCGAACUAUGUGAAAAACAACAUUUGUUUUAUGAGUCAUCACCAGGAUGAGCGGGUGCCAGCGCAGCUUCAAGUAGGAAAGCCCCAGGAGCAGCCGGCCGAGAGGAAGAGGCUGUGCGCGCGCCGAGAGCCCAGGAGGCCGUCCCCGGAGGACUAGCGCCGGCCUUUCCCCCGGUGGACAGAGCGUCAGAGCUCAGACAGGCUGUCUCCGCGCCCGCGCAGGCCUCGCUAUCUUUAAAGGGACGUGCUGAAAUGAUCCAGUUGUCUUUGAACCCUCUUCCUCAGGAGGAACCUCUGUGAAAGGCUAAGCAGGGGCAGGCACAUCCCUCAGUGAGGUCUUGUUCUGAGGUAAAACAAAGCAAUACUGGCAGGUGCGGUGCGUUCACCUUCCACAGAGCAGCCUUCGCAAGCCUAAAUCCUGGUGACGGGGCCAACAUUUGCCUUAAGCUGUGUGUGUGCGGCGGCUAGUCAGUAUCACUCUCGGACAUGCAAGUGUUCUGGACAGACACUCCUGGCUGAGUCUUGGGCAAAAACAAUCACACGAUGUGGACAAUUUAACGACACAUUCUAGAUUAAGACAAUGUCCUGGCCAAGAUCUUAGUAGUAACUCAUGGGACAACAGCACAGCGACUGGGCAGCUUUUUUUUCAGAUAACGAAAUACAAAUUUUAAUGUACAAUGUUCAUGGUAAUAUUUUAAAAGGCUAAGAGAAACCAUUUUGUAGUUCCUGAGAAUAGUAAGCAUCUUUCCAUCUUUUAAUGAUCAGAACAGACAAUUUAAAAAUCCUGGGACCAUAUUUAUUUAGAAAUAGCUGGUAGUAAAACAUGAGAAGUCAGACCAUCAGGUUAUUUAUCCAAAACUCUCAGCAGUUAGGUUUAAGCUACCAGGCCAACUUGUCUCCUUGAAGGCUUUCCUAGCUUACAGUAAUUCAUAGCUUCCCACAAUUCUUCCACUCCUCAGGAACUGCUCUACCUCAGGUCAUGGCAGGCUGGCUGAAGUCAACACUCACUUGUGGAUGAAUGCAGACACCACAAAUGACACUCAGAUAUUGAGACGAUUCCCCGUUUUCUAUAAUGAAAUGGGUGGCCAGCCAUCUCAGCAACUUGGGUCUUUACCCAUACAAUGGAUUGCUUUGCUAUUUUUCCAGCUGAAUUUUAAGACAUAAAAAGGCAUUUUCCCAGUAGAACUUGGAUAGGAUAGAAAAUAUAUGAUAAAGAAUGUUGAAUUAACACAAAGCUACAAAAAACACACAAGAAAUUUAAACUUAAAAAAUAUUUUUUUUAAAAAAAAUGAAGUGAAUCCUAAAGGCCAAGCCCAGCAGUUCACAGGAAUUUCUUACCAAAUCGGUCCCAGUGCAAUAGAAUCAUUCCCUUGUAACAGUGGAAAGACAGGCUGUGUGAGCAACAGUGAAGUGACAGUAUCUGACUCCAGAGAGCCACUCAAGUCCUGGUAAUGGCAUGUCACCUCGAUGACAGACAGCAGGAAUAGUGCCGGGCGUGGUGGCGCACACCUUUAAUCCCAGCACGUAGGAGGCAAAGGUAGGAGGAUCGCCGUGAGUUCAAGGCCACCCUGAGACUCCAUAGUGAAUUCCAGGUCAGCCCGGGCUAGAGCGAGACCCUACCUCGAAAAACCAAACAAAACAAAAGAUAGCAGGAAGAAGCCACAAGAAAAGUAAAUUUAAGAUCUUGAUUAUGUUUUGGUAUUCUUUUUAAAGAGAAGGGAAAGUAUUCUGCAGAAGAUCAAUUUUAAUUUAUCAUCCAUCUUUGCUGAAUUAUAAGCCAAGAUUUUUAAAUAUGUAAGGCAGGCUAUUAACAUGAACUCCUCCCACCAGAUUAAGAUUUUUUAAAUGUUACAGGAUUCAAUUUUAGACAUUAUGUGUAAGUUUCCUGGGUUAACCAUUCAUGGUAAAUGGGCACGAAAUAAACCAAAGUGGUUUAUUACUAAUGAA